AUGGAACUUCUCGGGGGUGGUUACAGCAGCCAUGGCCUUACGACGUCCUCGGGUGUCUCGGCGGAUCAGAUGCACGGGCUGAUGGACCUGCUGGGUGUGGCACAAGAAGAAGAACAAGACGAGCGGAGUAAGCCGCCCUCGCUCCAUCCAGCGGCCAUGCUGGGAGGAAAAGCCAGCCAAGCUGCACCAAACAUGAAGGUUGCAGUCAGACAGCCCAAGAAGAAGGACGUCCAAGCCAUUUGGCAACCCGAUGAGUUCAAGGCCGCUAGUGGUGUGGUGGUCAAGAGCGAUGGAGACGAUCGGGCCAUUCCGAAAUAUGAAAUUCUGCCGCGCCAAAAGCUGGCAGCGUCGGACGCAUAUCUAAAUUUGCAAGAGAUGGAUCCUUCCAGUGACCGAUGUCAAGAGUUGCUGAUCAAGAUUUGGUUGCCAGGGGAGCAGCUGAGAGAUAUUUCUCUGGAUGUCUUGGAAGAUCGGUUGUUGCUACAAGCCACCAAGCACCAACUAAAUGUUGCCCUGCCACAUCGGGCCCCUUGGCGGGGCGGUUGGGUCAGGAAGGAUUCAGGCAAUGCCAAGUGGGACAAGUUGCAAGGCGUUCUCUCAGUGGUCGUUCCCCUGGAUCAGAAGGCUACGCAGGGAGUAUGUGAGCAACCGAGAUCAUGGAUUCUUAGUUAA